AUGCCAGUCCAAGCCAGGAACGCGGCGACGAGCUUGUCCGAAACUCCAACACGAUCGUCGCCGGACAGCUGCACCCCGAGCUGGGGGCUCAGUGGGCACCCUUGGAAGACGCCAACCUGCUGCCGGAUUGCUGCUGUCGGUCCCGAGUCCCACAGCAGCUGGAAUGGCACGCUGCCGAAGGCGUUCCUGAAGUCGUACCAUACCUCGAAGUUGUGCUCCCCUCAGCCGUUCACUGCCCUGAACCCCUUCUGUCCUGGUGCGUGCCUGUCGUUCACGUCCAGCCAGCGCACGAGUCGCCGAGCAAGUACACCUGUGUAA